CCAGCGUUCACACCUGCUCAGAUUGCUCUUCCCAAGGUUCACCUUGCCUCGCUUUGCUUUACAUCAUUGCACCAGGUCUAUGUGGUUCUCCAGUAUGCCGCUCCCCUUCCCUCCAGGUUGCUUCUCAGACUUCUCACAUUCCUUUGCUUAAUCACAUUUUGGGUUUGCUUUCUCGACUCUCGUUCAAUGAUACUUCCAGCUCGCGAUGAUAUGUGAUUCAAGAACAGUAGUCCGGCUGUGCUGGACUUUUAUUUUGCUUCUCCCGUUGGUGCAGUGUCAGUUAGGUGAUAGCAAGUUUGGCGGAGGUGGCUUUGGCGGUGAUCAGUUUUCUCCGGAGUCUGGCUUCGGGGUGGGGAAGCCCUUUCCGAACAACGGAUUUGGGGGCGGAGGCGGAGGUGGUGGUGGUUUCAAGAAAGGCAACGGCUUUGCACAGAACUUUCAACCAUCAUUUGACAAGCAAAGAGGAAGCCAAUUCGGAGGCCAAGGGCGGGGCUCGUUCAAAGACAACAACAAUGAUGUGAAAACGCUGCUUCUUGAUGAUGAAGCAUCUUCGUCCCGGGCCGUAGCAAUGCCUCGGACAUCCCGGUCGAUCUCUGCGGCGCCUGCGACAAAGACACCAGUUUCUAACAUGCCUAUGGAUAGUGAAGACGAAGAAAAACAAGCCGCUGCACCACCUGAAGAGAAUGAGUCCCUUCCUCCAACUUCUUCAUUCCUUAGGCCCGUGGUUCCUACACCAGAGGCAGCAUCGUCUGCAAUAUCUACAGCAAUCGUCCCGGAGACACAGAUUCUACAAGGACCUUCAUCAUCUAGUUUCGCAGCACCUUCGUUCUUAUCAGCAAUCGUUCCUACACCCUCUUCGACAACGGUCAUUACAGUCUCCGAAACUGUCGUCGUGACCCCCACUCCCUUUGCUCCAGUGCCAGCAGCAUCCGCACUACCAGACGCGGAGCAGUCACAAUCAGCAGCUAGCAGUCCACCAUCCCCAACAUCUGACCAAAGUCUUGCUGCACAGUCUACGUCAUCAACAGAAAUGAGUGCAUCUGCUCGAGCGGGUGUAGGCGUAGGCGUUACUCUUGGCAUUAUAGGCAUCGCAUCCGUCACUGGUCUCUAUCUCUACAGGCGCCGGAAGAACAGACUGUCAACCCGCAAAGGAGGUGAAAUAUCUUCAUCGCAGCAUCGUCGGUGGGGCGGGGGCUUUGGUUUCAAACGAUACUUCAUGUUGUCUCGGGGCAAAAACACCCCCAAGGAUACAGAAUGGUCCAUCGAGUCAGCGGCACAUGUUGAGAUCGUCCGUGGGGCCAACGCCCGAACAAUAUCCCGCAGUGACUCCAACAGCAACAGCAACCGAGAUGAUACUCCACCUCCUCCGACUCGCGAAGAAGGCGUGCUCAAAGUGGGCAUGACGGUUCCCAUCGUAGAGCGAUAUUACAAGAACCCAGCGCUCACCAGCAAUCCGCCCAGCCUGCCAAACGACAGCCCGCUAAGCCCAAGUGCAUUCCCAAAACCACCCCGCACGUACGGCAAUAAUAUCAAUACUAAGCACCGAAACGAUAAGACAGGGAGUUGGCCUCUUCCGGAUUGACUAGAUGAUUGGCGCUUAUGGGAGAGAAGGAUGGGACGCAAUAGCAGUGCCAGGGAUUCAUUACGAUAUUUGCGCUACUGACGCGGUUUCUUCCAUUUCUCCGUUCACGCUCUGUUCCCGCUAAUGCGGUGACAGCGGCAGCGGUGUGCGUGUGCUUUGAUGACAUUGUAUGAUGGGGGAACGUGUGCGUUGCGUUGAUUCUAUCUAUUCUAGAAGUGGAGAAAAGAUGCAAGUUUGAGUCGAGGGAUUAGUAUGGUCGC